GUUAAACCCAGUCAAUAAAAGUAUAAAUAGAUACAAGUCAAAUUUUCAAAUCAUUGGUGUUUGUAUGCACCAAUAUCGCGUUUGCUGACUCUGCACAUUGUAUUGAAAACCAGAACUAUUGAUCAGUCCAACAGUACUUAACCGUGUUGCAGUCCUUGAAGAUAUUAGUUCAGUCUCAACAUCUAGGAUCGUGGAGAACUAUUUUCAUUUUUAUUGAAGGUAUACGUAAACGUCAACGAAAGAGCGUAAAAUGGAUUUUGAAGAAUACAGAUUAAGAGGUAAAGAAAUGGUUGAUUUUAUCGCCGAAUAUCUAAAGACUAUUCGAUCAAGAAGAGUGUUCCCGGAUGUGUCUCCGGGAUAUAUGCGCACACUUGUACCGGAAGCUGCGCCACAGGAAGGGGAGAAGUGGGAAGAUAUCUUUAGGGACAUCGAGCGUGUUAUCAUGCCAGGAGUGACGCAUUGGCAAAGUCCACACAUGCAUGCAUACUUUCCAGCCCUCAACUCAUUUCCGUCUUUACUGGGAGACAUGCUUGCAGACGCAAUUGGUUGUCUUGGAUUCACCUGGGCAUCUAGUCCUGCUUGUACGGAACUAGAAACCAUUGUGAUGGAUUGGCUUGGUAAAAUGAUUGGGUUACCAAGUGAAUUUCUGCAUAGCAACAAGCAGACACGUGGAGGAGGUGUGAUUCAGCUGACGGCUUCAGAUUGUACCUUCAUAACGAUGCUAGCAGCACGAACAGAGGUGUUCCAAAAGUACAAAAAGACUGACCCAAAUGUAGAUGAGGCCGAAAUCAAUGCCAGACUGGUUGCAUACUGUUCUGACCAGGCGCACUCAUCGGUGGAGAAGGCGGGGCUUAUAUCUCUGGUUAAAAUGCGUUACCUGUCGACAGAUGAUGAACUGAGUCUGCGCGGUCACACCCUUCAAGAAGCUAUAGCACGUGAUAAAGAAGAAGGGCUCAUUCCCUUUUACGUCUGUGCUACACUAGGAACAACAGGAGCAUGCGCAUUCGAUAAUAUCAAAGAACUUGGUCCAAUUUGUGAAAAAGAAGGAUUGUGGAUGCACAUUGAUGCGGCCUAUGCAGGGACAGCUUUCAUUUGUCCGGAAUAUCGAUCCUAUAUGGAAGGCAUCGAACACGCAAACUCGUUCGCCUUCAAUCCGUCCAAGUGGAUGAUGGUGCAUUUUGAUUGCUCCGCCAUGUGGGUCAAGGAUUGCCGAGCUUUACACAGAACAUUCAACGUGGAUCCCCUCUAUCUGAAACACGAGAACUCGGGUGCAGCAAUAGAUUAUAUGCACUGGCAGAUUCCUCUGAGCAGACGAUUCCGAGCCUUAAAACUCUGGUUUGUGAUCCGCUCCUUUGGCACAGAGGGUCUGCAAAAGCACAUCCGAGAAGGUGUCAGGCUUGCUACUAACUUUGAGAACCUUCUCAGAAAAGAUCAAAGAUUUGAAAUUCCUGCGUCUAGAAUUUUGGGAAUGGUUGUAUUCCGAUUGUGGGGUGAAAAUGAAAUGACAGAAACAUUGCUGAAGCGACUGAACAAAUCUGGAAGAGUCCACAUGGUCCCAGCCUCUUUAAAAGGUCAAUACGUCAUCAGGUUUACCGUGACAUCACAAUACACCACGGAUCAAGACAUUGAGCGGGAUUGGAAGAUAAUUUCAGACACUGCUACAAAGGUAUUACACGACACGGAGUCGGAGGAGGAUGAGGCCUUCAGUGACGAAGAAGUGUCCGAACCAGAGACAGAGGAAAUACAGUUUGUAAGAGUUCCGUCCAUCAAAAAGAAAGAGUAUGGUAUGAGUUUGUUGCUAAGCAAUGUCCCUAUGUCACCAAAAUUGAUCAAUGGGAGUUUUGCGGCUUUGUUUGACGAUAACGAGGCCAUGGAGGAAGUGGCCAAACAGAUUUCCGCCGACAAUGCUGAGCAUCUCAUCCCAUUGUCACCAAGGAGACGCAAACUCAGGGACCAAUCAAAACAGCAGAGUCUCGAUCAGACAACAUUGACUGAGCGUUGCCUUAUGAAUUCAUACAAACAUCAGGGGUCGCUUGAUUCCAAACUGGAUGAAAUUAUUAACAGCUCUUCUUAUUUGGAAACUCGAAUGAAUGGGAUGCAGAUGGAUGACGUAUUUGAGGCGGAGGAAGAUCAUCCAUGUAAAGACGCUAAACAUAGAUACUAUCCACAAGAUCUCAAGAAUGACAUUUUCUACAGCGAGGAGGGUACACAAACCGAAACAGAUAAAAACGGGAUUGGUUCACAACCAACUGAGGAACAAUCAAUACUGCAACGCAAAAAUCCGAACAUCAGGCUUCAAAUACCGGAAGUAAGCGAUAAGGUCAUGCGUAGUAUCUGUCCUCACUGUGGAAACAUGGUCAGCAUGUAAAGAAUGAAAAAAGUUAGAAACUCUUUAUUGUUAAUUUUUAGUACAUUUUUUAUUUUGGUAUCUCACGUUUAUAUGUGAUAAUAGAUGUUUUCAUUAUCGGAAGUAAUUGGAGUUUUUAAAAAUUCAUAAUCAAGAUUGCAAAUGUUUAUUUCGUUUGGUUUUGCAAUCGUUUUAUGUAGCGAUAUGUCAGUUGUAAAUGAAGAUAAUUGUUUUCACGUAUGACAUACAUGUGCCAUUUUCUGUAUUAAUUAUGGCAGUCAGUAUAUAAUGAUAAUGCAGUUGCUUCAUUUAUAUACAUACAUGUGAUUUAAUGAAUAUUUUGACAAUGUGUGUGCUUUUUGUUUGCAUAUUUCCUCUAGCUCUGAUAAUAAAAAUGCUGCAAAGUUAUACCGUUUGUGAUUAUUGAUAUGAUCUGAAAUUGAUUUAGAUAAUAUAUAUGCACAUUCAUAUUUAAUACAUGUCAAACGUGUACUAUAUAUUCAAUAAAUACAAAUAGACAAUA